GCCGGGUUGCCGGCCAUGCCCAUAUAGCCACCGCCUCUGCGCGUCGCCCUCCACGGUUACCCCGAUUCUUCGCCCCUCCUUCCCGCGGCGCUCUAGGGACCAUGGCCGAACCUCGCGUGAGACAGAUCAAGAUCAAGACCGGCGUGGUGAAGCGGUUGGUCAAAGAAAAAGUGAUGUAUGAAAAAGAGGCAAAACAACAGGAAGAAAAGAUUGAAAAAAUGAGAGCUGAAGAUGGUGAAAAUUAUGACAUUAAAAAGCAGGCUGGUCUUCAAUUCCUGGCCUCCAGCGAUGCUCCCACCCUAGCCUCUCAGAGUCCUGGGAUUAUAUGCGUAGAGAUCCUACAAGAAUCCCGGAUGAUGAUCCCAGAUUGCCAGCGCAGGUUGGAAGCCGCAUAUUUGGAUCUUCAACAGAUAUUAGAAUGUGAAAAAGACUUGGAAGAAACUGAGGAAUAUAAAGAAGCACGUUUAGUACUGGAUUCAGUGAAGUUAGAAGCCUGAAACUUUUCUUUUAUGGGGUGGUUUUUGCAUUGAAUCCUGGGGUCCAUUUUACAAUCCAUUAUUUUUGACCACUGCUGUGUGUUCAAGUAGUGUGAGAAUGUGAUUGCUUUUAUCUGGUUACGUAUGUAUUUCUUUGUCUAAUUUAAUAUGUCAAAUAAAUGAAUACAUCUAAUAAAA